UUUUCUUUAAAACGUCUUUUAUUUCAUCCUUAAAUCUCCAUUCGUUUUUGAGAUACGAUUUUUUGAAUUCUUAAAAUCUAAAACGAUCAAAUUUUAAUCUGUCACCUAUCAAAACAAUAUGAAACUGUCCGCUGAUCUUUUUAGAAGAGAUAAAUUAAAGUAUAUUGAUGAUGAUACAACAACAGCAGUAGAACAAAUUUGUUAUAAACCCCUCGAAGUAAAACCAUGCGCGAUUAAUUUCCAGUGUACAAAUCGAAGUCGAGAAUUAUAUAUGAUAAUUGACGCCGUUUAUGUAGUCGAUUUAAUGUUAGCGGCUGUAGUAAAAUUUGCAAAACGAUUAAAAUUAACUCAAUCAGAAAUCACAAGACGACCGUCAUUUGUGGUAAUAUGCGAUAUUUACUCAUUAAUACCCCAAGAAUUACUUUAUUCUGGUAACGAGAAUUAUUUGUGUGUAAUGAGAGUGAAUCGAGCGUUUAGAUUCGUUCGAUUGGGUUAUAUGCUAUAUAAAUCUUAUAAUCAUAUAAGCAGGCAUAUUUUGAUGUACAUCGUUGAUUAUUCUUUGUUAUUUACUUUACUUGGAUUUAUUAGAUUUUGUGUUUAUUGCACAAUGGCUUGCGGGGGAGAAAUCUGUGUAAAAUCGGCGUGUGAUGCUAAAAAUUUUUUGAGAGGAUUAAUAUCAUCAAUGCAACAUAUUAACGAACGAAGAGUUGAAAACCAAUUAUAUUACACUCUUGUAUGGGCUGUUUAUAUAUUAUGUACGGUUUCUUUGGGAUUUUUUUUCCGAGGUUUAUUCACUGUUCAUUUAAUUCGUCGAGGUACACAUCAACACAUUUAUAUGUAUCGACAUAAAUUGGUGCGACUUAGAAAUAAAUUAUUUAACAUACCUGAAUAUAUAAGGAAUUCGGCCGAAAAGGGGUUUAAAAUAUAUUGGGAACAAUGUCGUGGUUAUUCAAGAAGCAAAAAUANUAAAAGAAAAUCGCUUAUGAAUAAUCAAGAAUUCUUAUCAAAGAAACAUCAAGUUGGAAAUUUGGAUAUUUUAUCGUUUAUAACUGAAAAUGCGAAAUAG